AUGCCUCUACUCAGCCUGAUGCCUCUCUUCAGCCUGAUGCCGGUACGCAGCCUGAUGCCUCUCUUCAGCCUGAUGCCUGCCAGUUGACUCGAUGCCCGCUGUUGAUCCAGAUGAUCCGGUACCUGAUCCGGUGCCCGCUGUCGAGCCAAAUGACCUGAUGCCUGGUGACCCAGUGCCCGCUGUCAUACCUGGUGACCCGAUGCCCGCUGUCGAGCCAGACAAUCCGGUACCUGAUGACCCGCCCACUGCCUUGCCAGAUGACGCAGUGCCCGCUGUCAAGCCAAAUGACCUGAUGCCUGGUGACCCAGUGCCCGCUGUCCAGCCAGACGAUCCAAUGUCUGACCCAGUGCCCGCGGUCAUACCAGUUGACUCGGAGCCCACUGCCUUGCCAGAUGACGCGGUGCCCGCUGUCGAGCCAAAUGACCUGAUGCCUGGUGACCCGAUGCCCGCUGUCCAGCCAGACGAUCCAAUGUCU